AUGUGUUUUCUUUUUGUAGUGGUCCCAAGCCCACCAGAGAAUGUGACAGUUAUCUCUAAGACCUCACGAGUUGUGAAUAUCUCCUGGACACCUGGCUUCAAUGGCAACAGUGAUAUUCUUAACUACACUGUAGAGAUCAGUACAGAUAAUCAGGCAUUUGCAGAGGCUAGAUGUUCAGGGCUGUCAAGUAGUGGCUGUGUGGUAUCAAACUCCUUCACAAGUGCUUCUCUUGUAGACCUUCAUCCUGGAAAGACAUAUUACAUACGGGUUUUUGCUAAUAACAAAGUUGGUUCCAGUGCUGUAAGCUCAGUAAUCACCACAACCACAGAUGAAGAAGGUAUGCUUGUUACAUAAAUUUUUUGUUUCUCUAGCCUGAAAACACACCCAGCAUUCUACGAAGCCACCACUGGUUUCCCCCAAAAUGACUGCAGAAAUUCUAUACUGAUGACCUAGAUCUGGGUAGUACUUCUGAUUGGUUGUGUCCUGAGGGAAUUUGCUUCAGCCAAUUGCUGUUCAAAGCACUACCCAGAUCUGGAUAGUGACAUGUCAUUAGUAUGGAGUUUCUGUGCUUGUCCCUCAGACACCACUCUGCUGAGAAAACAGUGGCAGGUGUCACAGAAUAUUGGCGGUUUUUUUCAGGCUACUACUAUGAAGUUUCUGUAAAUUAAGUUUUGUUGUUGUACAUAUUUAAAUUUUUUGCAUUUUUUAAGUAUGUCUUAAAGAAAGAUGUAAAUGCUACUUUAUGUACUGAACACUCAUAGAUCUAUUAAGUUAUGGCCACCACCUGAGUGCAUUAUAGUUCUUUAAAGGUUUUGCAGUAGUGUGUAUGAGUCAAAGUGUUCACUUUUUGUUUUAUUUUGAAACAGUGUAGAGUCUCUGGCACAAUUUAGAUGAUCUGUCCAAUCAUUGUGUUUAAUUAUGAGCUAAUUUGAAUAGGGCAUUGUUUGAUGUCCAACUGCUAUUUGUUGCUUUUAUACAUGUAGGCUACACCUUAAGGUCAUUUAACAUGUAACUCUUGACAAAACCUUGUGUAAACUCUCUGUUUACAAAAACCAUUCCAGCAGCCAGCUACAGUUAUGGACACUUUUUCUGCUUCCUAUGGGAUGUUUACAAGGGCUUUCACUUUACUCAGUGUUUUCUACUUCAGUGUAUUUGCUAUGAUUGUUUUUUUGAAACGUUGUUGGUGUUUUUGUUAUUGUAGUACCAAAUGUUCCCCCAGCUAAUGUCACAGGAAACAACGUAACCUCUACCAGCAUUUUUGUAAAGUGGGAUGAAGUCCCAGCAGACAAUCAAAAUGGUAUUAUAGUGAACUAUACAGUCACCUACACAGAGGUGCCCAGUGGUAAUCCAGGAACGAAGAUAGUGAUUGCUCCAAGAAGAAAUGCUACAUUGGCUAGAUUGAAGAAAUACACUAACUACAGCAUUACAGUGUUUGCAUCUACUGCUAAAGGAGGUGGCAGCAGAAGUGAUCCCAUUAUUGUCAUUACAGAUGCAGACAGUAAGUAUAUUAAGUCAAGCGCUGAAUUUUUUUGUCACCUGAAUGUAGAUCAGCGCUGACAAAGUGGCUUAUUUUUGCGUUUUUUUUUUUUCAUUCUCAAGUGCAAAGCACUCCCAAAUCACACAUGUACGUUUCACGUAAAGCUGGUCGGUUUAGCUCAACCGAUUAUCCCGCAGUGUCUGUAUGUCUGUCCCAUUUUUCUCACCCACCAUAAUCCUGCAUGCAUGUAUUAUUGCUCAGCAUUUCAAUUGUAAAAAAAAAAGCAAUUCAUCCCUUAAAUCCAAACAGGAUUUAUUACUCUAACACUCCCUAUAUUUAUAUAUCUUUCUUUAGUUGACUUGGUUUUGGGUAUUCCCAUCCUUGUCCCCGCCCAUAGGGCAUUGCACACUACCAAGUCAACUAACCAGGAGAAACCUGACCUCUCAAAUACUCGACAGGGAAGGGAAAGGGAACUUCGGUAG